UUUUUUCUUCUCUUUUUUUCUUUAUCAUGGGCUAUGCUACAUUAGACGCAGCACUUGCUUUUCCAAAUAACCUUCCUCCUCAACAGGCUCAUAUCGCUAUCACUGAUACACUUAAAUCAGACGCUAAUUUCUUAAUUCAUCAUUUUAUCGUCAAUCAUCUCAAGAAUGAUAAACCUGUUGUGUUGGUUGGAUUCUCUCAAAUUUUCAAUCAUUAUUUCCUCAUUGCUCGUAAAUUGGGUAUUAAUUUGCAAACCUAUAAACAAUCAGGCAAAUUUGUAUUUAUUGAUGGCUUGACUCAUUUCAAUCCAUACACGCCACAAACACCUUACCCUCCUACAAAAGCACCUACUGCACCCACUGCCACAUUGGAAUACAACCAAGACCCUAAAUCAUUCUAUGAGACUAUUGCUUCUCAUGUUCAACCCAAUGCAUUGAUUGUACUGGAUGAUAUCAGUACUUGGAUCUAUAAUGGCAUGGAUCAUGCUGCUUUGUUGCUUAAAUUAAAGGCAUUGACAGAAAGAGUUCAGGGUACAUUAUUGACUAUCAUGCAUGCAGAUGAAGAGGGAACAGAAGAUAUGGAGCAAGACAAUUUUGUGAAGCAAGUCUUGUAUGGAUCUAGCCUUAUUCUUCAAGUGCAACCUUUACAUAGUGGAUUAGCCCGUGACGUUCAUGGUCAGUUAGACAUCAUUUAUGGUCCACAAUCAACAGUCAUGAUAGAGAAACAUACCCCACCACAAUCCAUGCACUAUAAAAUAUUGGAUAAUAAUGUCCAUUUCUUUGCUAAAGGGAUUGCUCAAAUCUAAAUGAAAUAAACAUCGGAGUUUGAAUCAUCA